CUGACAGCAGGGAGUUAUCUUACAUGUCCACCCCUUCUAGGAGAUUCUGUCAAAACACGUUAAAGGCAACAUUGUGGAUGGUGAGAUGAGUUCAUGUUAAUGAAUCUCAGGUAGAUUCAAUUGAGCUCUGUGGGCUAGUAACAAACUCUCAUGUUUUAUGUAACUGUCAAGUAAAGGGUUAACCUAUAGGACACUCCCCUACCCUGCUUUUGGUUCACUUCCUAAUUUGUGAACUUUACUCUGCUAAUACACAGUUCCAGUCAGAACUACUCCAGCUGAGAGGGAGUCUAUGGAUCAGUCCUCUGCAGAAAGACAGACCGACACACAGGUAGUAUGUCCCAACGUGUGGCAGUGAUCGGGGCGGGUCCCUCAGGUCUGACCAGCAUCAAGAGCUGUCUGGAUGAGGGUCUGAAGCCCACCUGCUUCGAGAGCAGUGAUGACAUCGGGGGGCUGUGGAGGUUCAAGGAAACCCCUGAGCCGGGCCGCUCUAGUAUCUACCGCUCUCUGGUGGUGAACACCUCCAAGGAGAUGAUGUGUUUCAGUGACUUCCCUAUGCCAGCUGACUACCCCAACUACAUGCUGCACUCCCAGCUGCUGCAGUACUUCAGGCUUUACGCUCAACACUUUGACCUCCUCAGACACAUCACCUUCCAGACCAGCGUGCUGACUGUGAGACAGAGGCCAGACUUCAGUCGUUCAGGCCAGUGGGAAGUGGUGACAGAGAACAGGGAGGGACAGGAGCAGAGACACGUCUUUGACGGGGUACUGGUUUGUUCAGGACACUACACACAGCCUGUCUCACCGCUAGACCAGUUCCCAGGCCAUGAGUCGUUCCCUGGCCGCUGCCUACACAGCUGGGAGUAUAAGGAUGCUGAUGCGUUCCGGGGGAAGAGGGUGGUGGUAGUGGGGAUUGGGAACUCUGGAGGAGACAUCGCUGUGGAGAUCAGCCGGGCUGCAGAGAAGACCUUCCUGAGUACCCGUAAGGGGGCGUGGGUGUUAGCUCGUAUGUCCAGUAGCGGUCUCCCACUGGACAUGACGGCCAUCUCACGGUUCACGGUCCUGCUAACCUCCAUGCUGCCCAGAGCGCUGGUCAACUGGGCUGCAGAGAGAACCCUUAAUCACCGAUAUGACCACCGUCUCUAUGGCCUACAGCCAACACACAGGCUGCUAGAGCAGAAGCCGCUGAUCAACGAUGACCUUCCAGGCCGUAUCCUGCAGGGGGCAGUAGUGCUGAAGCCAGACCUGAGAGGGUUCCAGGGGUCCGGACUGCUGUUCCAGGAUGGAACCACGGAGGGAGACAUCGAUGCAGUGGUCUUCUGCACUGGAUACAAUGGCACCUUCUCCUUCCUGCCCCCAUCACUAUGUUCAGGACCUCGGGGGGAUCUCAACCUGUACAGACGGGUUUUCCCUCCAGCUCUCGAGCGCCCCACGCUGGCCAUCAUGGGUCUGUUCCAGACUAAAGGACCCAUCUUUCCUGCUGUGGAGAUGCAGGCCCGCUGGGUCACGAGGGUCAUCGCAGGGUUGACCCAGCUCCCACCACGGAAAACAAUGCUUUCCAAAAUCGAGACUGAGACGAAGAGGAACAUGAAGAGUUACCUGUGUCCCAGACAGGCAGCUCUCCAUGUGGAUUAUAUACCAUACCUGGACUCCCUGGCUGAGCAGGUGGGGGUUCGUCCCAACAUCCUAGGGCUGCUGCUGAGGGAGCCUAGUGUGGGGCUGCGUGUACUGCUGGGGCCCUGCACCCCUUACCAGUACCGCCUAAGAGGGCCGGGAAAGUGGGACGGGGCCCGACAGGCCAUCCUCACUCAGUGGGAGCGCGUAGCCCAGCCCUUCAGAACCAGGCUGGAUCCAGAACCCCCCAGGCCCUUGGUCCUUCUGUCCCCCUUGCUGAUCACGCUGUCCGUGGGAGCUGUGAUGCUAGCUGUGGUCCUCUCCCAGUGUAAACUGACCUUAUGUCUACAGGACCUACUACAGGACUCAACUCACCUGCUGGACUGGCUCUCAGCACUACUGUGAGGCUCGGAGUAGAAGCAUCCUAUAUAGCAACAGAUCUAGGAUCUACAUUAAUACUCUAUUGCCUCCACUAUCGACCAGGCUCUUUGUUUGUUUUCUUCUCGUCAAGACCAGUAUGCGGGGGAUCUUUUUUCAAGCGUUUCUUUUACGCCUGCUACGUUAGGUUAGGCUGUAUCUGACCUAACAGACUGCUUUUGUUGUCUUACAAAAACACUCAUUAGGUGUGCUUGCUGAAAGGAAGUCCUCUCUAAAACUCGUACUCUUAUUUGAUUUCUUUGGUUAGCUCUAACACUUAAACCGCUUAAGCUAUUAACAUGAAACCAACUUUAAAAUGUGCAGACAGCCCCGACUUAGCGUGCUUGAGAAAUUAUUUUUGAUAAAUAAAUAUGAUAAAUAUCUGCUCUGUAUUAAGAUUCAAAGAUGUUUGCAGAAGAAAAUGGGGUGUCAGCUUUGACAUGACACCUUGAGUUUCAAAAAAAGAUUUUGAUAAUUGAACUCCAGUAAGAAGUGGAUUUACACCCGGUAACAGAAUUACAUCAUGGGUCCCUGAUCUGUACUACACAGACAACAUGGAUAAUGAUGUAUCCUGAAUAGAAACACAAAGGUAGAAAUAUGCAAUAUCAUAUGGGUAUUAUUCUACACACGGGCUAUUAUUCUAAUGAGCUCUGCCCUUAACAAGACCAUAUUUGGUUGGUCUGGACCAGACCAAAUCUGAACCAAUUAUAGACAUCUAUGUUUCACAAGUUUGGACAUCACAGUACAGUAGAGUACAGCACAGCACAUCACAGUAGAGUAUUGUCAAGUAUAGUUCAGUGGAGUAUAGUACAAUACAUUAUAGUGGACUCUAGGGUUCUCUACUGUACUAUACUGAACUUUACUCGACUGUAGGCCUACUGUAUGGAACUAUACUCAACUUUACUUGUCUUUGCUGUACUAUACUCUCCUGCAGGAGUUUUUUUGCUUUGUGACCCACCAAUUGAGGUGUCUUUUGAGUAUCGACCCACCAUAAGCGUUGAGUGGUGAAGAAAUAUUCACAGACCAAAGAAUAAGUCAACAAUAUCAUCCUUGCAGCGGAGAGAAAAUGUAAAUUCAAAACUAAUCUCCUGCAAUUCCACAUAUCCUGUAAUGGAGCUGAAAGAACAUUUAGCCGUUUUAAAGCCAAUGUCCUGCAAUUCUAUGCAUUUUACCAUGCUGAGUGAAAAAAUUGUAGUCUUUAAGCUAAUUUCCUACAGUUCUAAGUAUUUUGACAUGGCUAAUGCUGUUUUCUUAUGCUCAAAUAUUAUUAUUUUUAAUCAAUGAGGGCCUGAUUGUCUAGCUUUUAUCUUGUUGAUUGUGUAUAUAUACAGUACCAGUCAAGAGUUUGGACACCUACUCAUUCAAAGGUUUUUCUUUAUUUUUAUUAUUUCUACAUUGUAGAAUAAUAGUGAAGACAUGAAAACUAUGAAAUAACAUAUGGAAUCAUGAAGAAACCAAAAAAGUGUUAAACAAAUCCAAAUAUAUUUUGUAUUUGAGAUUCUUCAAAGUAGGCACCCUUGGCCUUGAUGACAGUUUUGUACACUCUUGGCAUUCUCUCAACCAGCAUCAUGAGGUAGUCACCUGGAAUGCAUUUCAAUUAACAGGUCACCGAUCAUGGAUGUCUAUGUUUGGGCCAAAUUAAGGCCGGUAUGGACCGGACCAAAAAUCUACGUUUGUGGUCAUUAAAAUCCACGCGGUUCUGGACCAGCCCAAAAAACGACAUCUGUGGACUGACCGAUUUGGUAACAAACAGUAAAAACACUAUUUACUAAUUGGUAGGUCUACCUUUACUUGUUAUUUCCGUGAACUCAUGAGGGAGAGAAAAUAAACAAUCGUAUAGAUAUGUAGGGUUUUGGUCAUGGAAUUACAAGGCACAAAGCAAUGUUUCUUAAACAAUAGGCAAAUCAUUUCUCAAACUAAAUGUGUUGAAAUUAGUUGUUAAACUUGGGCAAAUCAUUUCUCAAACUAAAUGUGUUGAUAUUAGUUGUCAGGGGUCUUUACUUCAACAUUAUUGUGUUUUGAUGUAUUUCUAAUACCUUUUAAGACUUUUUCUGGUAGACCCCUUUUCCAUCUUUUUGACCAGAAAUCAAGGCCAUUACUUAUGCCUAAUUUUUAAAAUAGAAAUGCCUUAAUUUCCCAAAAAUAUAGACUCUUAGCUUUCAUUUGACACCCAAUUUGAUAUGCUCCUGUGAACUUCACAUGUUAGUGCUCAUGAGUCCUUUUACAUGGAAAUUACCAUAUAUAAUUUAACUACAUCAACAUUUAAGAUCAACCACAAUGCAUUUGAAUGGCAAUCAAGGGGCCAUAGACUUUAAUGUUAAAAAUCAUAAAAAUGGACACGCUACUAUUCUUGAACCACCAUCAACUCCAAACCAACAUUGAAAUGUGCAGACUGACCCAAUUUAGAUUGUUUACAUACUACAUUUUGUUACUGUAUAUACUUUUUGACCUAUAAUCAUUUAAAAUGUGCAUAAUAUACAUUACAGUCAGUGGUUUCUAUGAGAGGUAGAUAUUCACAGUAACACUGCUUUCUAACCAUUCAAGCAAGAAACACCAAAACCAAUUUCAGGAUGAUGGAAACACUUCACACAUUCAUAGAUUAUUUAAUUCCUCCAUCCUUUUAAGGGUACAAUGAUGCCUUGUUCUUUUUCUUUUUUAUCUCAGUAUCAAAUUACUUCUGGGUAACAAUUAAGUACCUUACUGUGAUUGUUAUAAAUGAAAAUGGUCAAAAAGAAACAAAAAUAGCUAGAAUUUUGCUAGGACUGUCUGGGAGUGGUCUCAGUGGGGAGGGCAAAACUGAACUAGCUGUUAUUGGCAGAGAGGUUUGUAACGCUCUUUCAUAUUGGUCUAUUAACAAAUUUAUUUUUCAAUCAGCUCUUACACUAAAAGGGCAUUAUCAUAAUUUUCACAAUUUCACAGUAUUAUUCCAAAUUUAAGAACACAGUGGUAGACAAUUGAAAUGAAACUGCUCUUUAACCAUUUCCGCUACAAACAUGAACACAACUUUAACAUUUUCAAACUUUAUAAAUGAUGACUAUUAAAAUCGGCCUAAAUUAGCAUAAAUAACCAAUAGUAACUCUUGGACCGUUCAAGCUUGAACAUGUUCUGGCUAUCCUAUCCUUUUCAAUCAAUCAAUACUUCAAGACAAGCUAGCAAGCACACACAUUUUCUUCAGGAAAUGUACUUUUCCUAGUUAUUAUUAUUCGCCUUCCACUGCCAAUGUGUGUGUUUCUUGUGCUCCCUUGAUUGUAUUAUCUGUGUCUAACAUGUUUGUGUAAUCGCUGCUGAUCUUGUCAUGCAGGGCUCCCUUGAGAAAGAUACAUUUGAGAUGAAUGGUACUCCCUGCUUAAAUAAAAGUUAAAUGAAAAUAAAUAACAUUAAACCAUC